AUGAUUAUUUACAAGGACAUCAUUACCGGAGACGAGAUCAUCUCGGACUCUUACGACCUCAAGGACAUCGAUGGCAUUGUCUUCGAGGCCGACUGCGCCAUGAUCACCGAGGGCGCCGUCAGCGUCGACACCGGCGCCAACGCCUCCGCCGAGGAGGCUGACGAGGGUACUGAGGACGCCGAGAUCAAGGUCAACAACAUUGUCCACUCUUUCCGCCUCCAGUCCACCCAGUUCGACAAGAAGAGCUUCCUCGGCUACCUCAAGGGCUACAUGAAGACUGUCAAGACUGCCCUUCAGGAGAAGAACGCCCCCGCCGAGAAGAUCACCGCCUUCGAGAAGGGUGCCCAGAAGUACGUCAAGGAGACCCUCCUUCCCAACUUCAAGGACUUCGAGUUCUACACUGGCGAGUCGAUGAACCCCGAUGGAAUGGUCGUCCUCCUCAACUACCGCGAGGAUGGUGUCACCCCCUACAUCAUCGUCUGGCAGCACGGCCUCGAGGGCAUGAAGGUUUAA